ACUGUGGUGGCCCGGGGCCUGCUUAACAGGAUCCAGGAAAGUGCAGGAUAUCUUCCUGUCUUCAUCAACUUCUCUGCUCAGACCUCCUCUGCCCGUACACAGGAGGUCAUUGAGUCCAAACUGGAGAAAAAGAGAAAGAACAUCUUAGGAAACAAGAAGUUGGUGGUCUUUGUGGAUGACUUGAAUAUGCCUAAGCUGGACAGUUCUGGAUCUCAGCCUCCUAUAGAACUCCUGCGCCAGUUCCAGGACUUUUCUGGGUUUUAUGACAGAAACAAGUUCUUCUGGAAGGAGAUCCAGUGUGGAUCUGCUGCCCACCCCAGGAAGUCCCACUAUGUUUUUAAUCUCCAGGACCUCUCCAAGUGUGUCCAAGGCAUACUGCAGUGUGAGCCAAGUCAAGUAAGAGACAAGACCCAGAUCUUCCGCCUUUUCUGCCAUGAAUGCCAGCGCGUAUUUCAUGACCGACUCAUCAACACCCAAGAUAAGACCUACUUCAACACCAUCAUCUGUGAGAUGGCCAGGCGAUAUUUUGACAUCCACUUAGAGUCUUCACAUUUUGUGUCUCAUCCCAUAAUAUUUGGGGACUUCAUCAAGAUGCAUGCAGAAAAAGAAGAUCGCCUGUAUGAAGACCUGACAGACAUGAAUAAGAUCCAGACUGUACUUCAGGACUAUCUUGAUGAUUACAACAUGACCUUCUCCAAGGAGAUCAAGCUGGUUUUUUUCCAGGAUGCCAUUGAACAUGUCUCCAGGAUUGCUGGUAUAAUUCGCCAGGAGCGAGGCAAUGCCUUGUUAGUCGGGGUGGGAGGUACAGGCAAGCAGUCACUCACUCGCUUGGCAGCCCACAUGUGUGGGUGCCGCUGCUUUGAGAUUGAGUUGAGCGGAGGGUACAACUAUGACAGCUUCCAUGAAGACUUGAGGAGGCUCUACAAGAUGCUGAUUGUAGUAGAAGAAUUUUUGGAGGAUUUAAACAACAUGCUAAACUCUGGUGAGGUGCCUAACCUCUUUGAAAAAGACGAGCUAGAACAAGUGCUUGCUGCUACCCGCCCUAAAGCCAGAGAGGCUGGAAUCAGUGAAGAGAGCAGGGAUGAGGUCCCAAUGUCGCAUGUUUCCUUCACUGGUUCACUGCUGCACUAUUGA